UUAGUUCCUUUUUCUCUCUCUAGAUUUUUUCUCCGUGCGAAGAAGGAUUUUCUAGGGUUCCAAACGCCCCUCCAACGGCUCUGAUCGAGAUCCAGGUUUUGAAUUGGAUUCUUCUGAAGCAUUUUCUAGGGUUUCCGACAUUGUUUUAUACGUAUUGUAGAUUUGUUUAGCUUCAAUUGGGUCUCUUUCGUUCGGGCUAGGGUUUGUGGGGGUUUAUGGUCGGGUCAGUUUGGGGGCUGUUCUUCGUGUAAUUUUCUGGGAACAACUCUGCUUCGUUUCUUUAUUUUUAUUUCGUUAUUCGGAGAAUUUUCGAUCCGAGGCAAUGGAGGAGUGUUAUCGAUGGCGAGAAUAAAAACUUCUAGGGUUUGUAAUUCUGUCUCUGGGGUUAGGGCUUUACAUUGCUUCAAUUGAAUCAGUGGAUGUGUUAGAGUUAGGGUUUUUAAACUUUAUCUGUGUCUUUGUCAUUGCUAUUCUAUCAAAUUCGUAUUGUCCGUCUAUGUCAUUGUGAAAUUUGAAUUCGAUAUUACUUAAAGGACAAAAACACGUGUGUGAUAAUUGAGAUUUUAAAAUUUUGAUGCUCGUCCUUGAAAUUAUUGAGGGAACCACUGAUGCUGAUGGGAAAAAGUAUUGUUUUCAAUUUGAUUUGUAAGGAUUAAAAAAAUUGAGGAAUUGGGUGCGCCAGAAACCUUCAAUUGAGUCUCAUUUUGGCCCGAAAUUGUGGUAUUUGGAGGAGCCCGUGGAAUUGGGAUCUGGGUUUUUGUUAUGGUUGAAGUGACGACUUAAAUCUUAUACCCAACGGCUGACAUGUGCGGAUAUUGGGGGUUUAUCUUAUGGCACCAACUGUUCCUAUAGGCUUCACUGGACAGAGGGAAUCAAAAAAGUUGUCGCAGAAAGGUCUUGCCCAAAUGAUGGCUAAAACACGGAAAGUUUCUAAGGGACAUUCUUCGUCUGGGUUUGUUCCUGAUUAUCGUCAUGCUGUUGAGACCAUGGGUGAAUCAGAAGGGUUUGGGAGCUCAGGUCGUGUUAACACUGAGAUGACUGCUUCAGAGGAUUCCUGUGUCCCCAAAAGGAAAUGCAUCAGUCUGAAUGUGGAUGGUUAUGAUAGUUUUUGUGUCCCUGUACAAGUCUUGUCUUUAUCAAAGAUGUCUCGGGCAGAAAGGAGGGAUUUAGAGCGGAGGUUGAAAAUGGAACUUCAACAGGUUAGGGCUUUUCAGAAGAAAAUUGCCUCUCUUUGUUCAAAUCUUGUUCCACUAUCACCUACAAGUGAUAUUCGGAGUUGCAGCAAUGGGCAAAAGAGGCCUCCAAAAGACAAAAUUCAGAAGUCAUCUGAAGCAUCCACUCAUCAGCGGAAGAAACGACCUCCUCCUCCUGGACGAAAUGUGCCUAAAAUGAAACGUGGUUUGUCUGGGCGGUUUGAAUCAGUGAAGCAGGCUGCACCCCCGGGCACUUCGAAUUCCAUGUCGAUGAAACAGUGUGAGACAUUGUUGAGCCGGUUGAUGACUCAUCAAUUUGGUUGGAUUUUCAACAAUCCUGUUGAUGUUGUGGAGUUAAAGAUUCCAGAUUACUUCACUGUUAUUAAGCAUCCAAUGGACUUGGGCACAAUCAAAAGUAAGAUGGCUUCAGGUGAAUAUUUGAGCCCAUUUGAUUUUGCUGCAGAUGUGAGGCUUACUUUCUCAAAUGCAAUGACUUACAACCCACGGGGAAACGACGUUCAUUUCAUGGCUGAGACACUGAAUAAAUUUUUUGAAAUGAGGUGGAAACCUAUAGAGAAGAAGCUUCCAGUAACCAUUGAUGUUGAGUCAUUGCCUUCUAGAUCAGAUGCUCAUCUAGAAAUUGAAACUGCCGAUAGGAUGCCACCCUCGAAGAAGAAGAAAGUUGCACCGACAGAUCACAAGAUAAAGAUGGAGCCAAACAAAAGGAUCAUGACCAAAGAGGAGAGGCAUAAUUUGGGCACAGAAUUGGAAACUUUGCUUGGAGAACUGCCUGAUGGCAUUGUUGAUUUCCUAAAAGAGCAGAGUUUCAAUGAAAAUCAAGCCAGUGAAGAUGAAAUUGAAAUUGAUAUUGAUGCUCUAAGUGAUGAUACAUUGUUCACACUGCGGAAGCUUUUAGAUGGCUAUUUGCUGGAGAAACAGAAAAACCUGACAAAAACUGAACCUUGUGAAAUGGAGCAGCUUCGUAAUGAGUCGGGGUUCAGCAAUUCAUCAAUGCAACCAUGCAAAGGCAAUGACCAUCUGGACGAGGAUGUAGAUAUUGGUGGGAAUGAUCCUCCUACGUCAAGCUACCCACCAAUUGAGAUAGAAAAGGAUGCAGCCCAUAGAAACAGUAGAUGCAGUAGUUCAAGUACUUCCAGUAGUGAUUCGGGCUCUUCAUCAAGCGACUCAGACUCAGGCAGUUCUUCAGGUGGUGAAUCAGAUGGUGCCAAAGCUUCAGUCCCUGUUACUAGCACAAAGGAAACCGUAGGUUCUGGAGCCGAUUUAGACCCAAAGAAAAGCGAUCUUGGUGAAGACAUUGGAAAUGAAGCUUUGAAUAUUCCUUGCAAUGUCGAUCCAAAUUUAGAGUCUAAGCCAAUUUCUGCGGAGGCUGAUGGCCAUCAAGAGGGGGAGAGUGCUCCAUCUGAGAGGCAAGUCUCCCCCGAAAAGCUUUAUCGUGCUGCUUUAUUGAGGAGUCGCUUUGCUGACACCAUACUAAAAGCUAGAGAAAAAACGCUUGAAAAGGGUGAAAAGGGGGAUCCUGAGAAACUACGACUUGAGAGAGAGGAACUUGAAAGACGGCAAAAAGAAGAGAAAGCAAGGUUACAAGCAGAGGCCAAGGCAGCCGAAGAGGCUAGAAAGAAAGCUGAAGCAGAAGCUGCAGCUGAAGCUAAGAGGAAGAGGGAACUUGACAGAGAAGCUGCACGUCAGGCAUUGCAACAGAUGCAGAAGACUGUUGAUAUCAAUGAGAAUUGUCUGUUUUUGAAAGAUUUAGAAAUGCUAAGGGCUGCUCCCGAAGAACUUUUACCGAGCUUGGAUGAGAGAAGCCCAGAUCAAUCCCCAAAUUGCCUGGGUAGUUUCAAACUCCAGGGAAGUAAUCCCUUGGAACAACUGGGACUAUACAUGAAGAUGGAUGAUGAAGAGGAGGAAGAAGUUGAGCCCCAAUGCAUUCCAGGUCCGGGAAAUGAUGUAGAGGAAGGAGAAAUUGAUUGAUUAGCUUUUCUCCAUGCUCUUACACCAGUUUUUAUGAGCGUGUGUCAAAAGACCUUGAAACCCAAAAAAGGAAUGAACUUCAGCUUUCCUUAUGCAUGCUUCCCAUUUGGGUUGCAUCCUCUCCUGUUGGAUAUGGUAUGAAAACCCUUGAAAGAAGUUGACAUGGACUAGCUGGAGAAGCGAUAACCAUCACCAUGGGAAAGGGAGAGAGGGUGGGGGGAGAGAAGUUGGGGGGGUUGAGGGUGUUUGUCGAUUGGUCCUUAGGGUUGAUUUUCGGUUUUGGACUCGUUGAAUCAUAAAGCUAUUCAAGUACACUACUUUCUACAAGCGCAUGAAGGAUUUGCUGUGUGGGUUUUACAUGGAGGAGAUGUGUAUCAUCAUUCAGGGACUUAUAUUUUUUUCCCUAUCUUUUCUUCUCUUUUGCUGUAAAAAGAAAAUUCAUAUUUGUAGUCAAUCUUCGGAUGCACUUAGGAGCUGAACCAUAUGUUAAAAGAGCUGAGGGAGGGUUAGUCUUGCUGCAUGGUGGGGAAGUCGGUUACUUAUACGAUGUUUGUCAAUUUUAGGGAAAUGGGUGUGCUCCCACAGAACUGUAAAAAGUUGGAAAGCCACAUUUGUAUUCCUUUCAUUUCCAUUCUUAUUCAUCAGUAAAAAAAAAAAAAAAAAAAAAAAAAGGAAAAAAAAGAAAAGAAAAGAAAAAAGUAUCACCGCUCCUAGAAAAGAUACUUUGAAAGCCAGAAACGGAAUUCCAGGCGUCAUAUUUCUGUGUCUGUAUUAAGUUUAACGGAAACAGAUUGGUAGGCAUUUAUACAAAUGAGGGAGUAUUGGGAUUUUGUUUGUAAAAAUGAUUUGGGCAGGUGUUGAAUGUUUUUAACAGUGCUGGAGAUCUGUUGUUGCCUAAUGAAGAAUUCCAUUUUUAUUC